AUGGCGAGUUCAUACUCUCUCCUUUCCGAUCUAAAAGCUGGCCGGUGCUCUAACACGGCGGAGGUGCGUCUACUCCGAUUUUCGGAGGCCAACAAAGUCAGGGAUCUCAUAAGUGUUGACAUGUUGCUCAUUGAUGAGAAAAUAAGAAAGGCUAGGAACAUUAAUGGGAGAGUGUUGACUUUGGGGUCUAUAGGUCUACUGAUCAGAAACUAA